CUACGCCGUCUCUCUCGUUUCUCAGCAACGCCAUCUUCCUCCGCCACGCCAAUCUUCACCUCCAGCCGCCGAAUCUCGCCGGAAGUCCCUCAAACCUCUUCCACUUCCUACUCUUACAUCAUCGACUCCCUACCGCUUUUCACCUUCUCCUCCGUCACUCGCCGCUCCUCCGCCGCCGACUGCGCCGUUUGCCUCUCGAAGUUCCGUAACGACGAUCUCCUCCGCCUCCUACCUAUCUGCUGCCACGCCUUCCACGCCGAAUGCAUUGACACCUGGCUUCAGUCCAACCUCUCCUGUCCGCUCUGCCGAUCCGCCAUUGUCGCCACCGAAUCGGACCUCGGCAAGGUCCUCCGCUCGUCUUCCUCCACCGCCGGCAGUGACAGUUUCCGCCUCGAGAUAGGGAACGUGAGCCGCCGCGGCACCGCGCCCGAUGGCUCCGCCGCAGUUUCUGGCGAAUCCCGCGCCGGAGGCGCAAGGUCUAGGUCAUACUCCAUUGGAUCGUUCGAGUAUUUCGUGGACGAAGAUUCGGAAGUUCCAUUCAGCCACGCUCAUCGAAGAAGCACGUCCGAUCAGAAGGACAUUCCGGCGUCGGCGGAGGCUCCGGCGAGUCAGCAUGAAGCGAACCUCGCCGGCGAUGUUGGCGGCGUAAGGAGCUGGCUGAAGGAGUACAUGGAUAGAGUCUCAGCUUCUAUAUCGACACGAACGGCGUCGUUUCGAAGUUCUGGAAGGUUCUUCAGCGGUACUGGUGGGAGUAGUCGCCGAAGCGACGUCGUUCCAGUCGUAGCUGCAGAAUAUGACAUUGAAGGUAACAGAAUUGGUGAAGAGAUCACCGAAAUGUUUCGCUGGCUCUCAGGGGUAUGACGGUAAAUUUCAAAAAUUAAAAUGAUGAAUAUAUAGUUUAGUUGUUUAACUAGGGGAACAAUUUCUAAAUUUUGAUAUUUUUUAUUUUUUUAAAACAAAAAUUAAUCUUUUUUGAAUAUUUGUUUAUUACUAGCUUCCAUUAUUCUUGUUUCUGUCUAAUAAUCUAAUUUGUUUGAUUUGGAACUUCUGGACAAAAUCCAUUGAUGUAACUAUAAAUCCAUGUAGAAUUGUAGAUAAUAUGGGCUUAUAUAGCUUGGAAUUGAAUAAUGGUAAUA